AUGUUUGUCAAAGGCAAAGCUGAAAUCGGCGAAAAGGCGCCAACUUGGACUUGCGAAGCCGUUGUUGAUGAAGAACCUGUUGAUAUUUCUUCGAGCGAUUACAAGGACAAAUGGUUGAUUUUGUUUUUCUACCCGCGUGAUUUCUCCUUAGUCUGCUCACCAGAGAUCAUCGCUUUUUCGAAAGCAGCGAAAUCCUUCCGGGAAAUCAACUGCGAAGUCGUAGCUGCAUCAUGUAACUCGCAAUUCGAUCAUCUUGUCUGGAUGAAGAAACCGAAGAAGGAAGGGGCUCUUGGCAAAGUUGAUAUUCCCAUCAUCGCUGAUGGCAAUCAAGAUCUUUCAACAGCAUUUGGAGUUUUGAAAAAAGGCGAAGAUAUUCCAUACAGAAGCUUGUUCAUCAUCGAUAACAACGACGUAAUCAGACAUAUAACCAUCAACGAUCUCCCGGGUGGACGAAGCAUUGAUGAAGUCAAACGACUAGUCAAGGCCUUCCAAAACGAUCGUCCCAUCUGUUGA